AUGAAGGUUGCUAUCACUUUCCUCGCUUUGGUCGCCCUUGGGUAUGCUGCCCCUCAACCAAGGAAGCUGUUCCAUGAACAUUAUGAAGAUUUCGCCGAUUUAGUUAAUAAGGAGGCUGGUCAUGAUUUGCAUCACAUACUUGAACACUACUUGGAAUUUGAAGAGUUCCAGGCCACAUUGGAGUACCUCAGCACCGCCAAUUUCAGAGACUUAAUCUUCGAAAUGGAAGAUUUGCCCGAAUUCAAAGCUGUUGUCGAAUUUCUGGAGGGCCACAGCAUCGACAUCUUAUACUUUAUCGAUGCCAUUAACUCAGCCUUUGAAACCAUCCCAAGAAAAAGCAUUCGUCAUACACUUAGUGGUCGCGACUUUAACUCUUACAUGAAAGAUAUAGUUUCCGAAUUUCCUAAAGCUAAAUUAACCGCUCUGUAUGAGGAGAAGAUUGCUGAAGAUGAAGCUUUCAAGAACGCAAUGGAGAGCUUACAAAGCGAGGAAUGGGAUGAGAUUUAUAGCGCUCUCUGGAAAAACGAGGUCUUCCAGAAGGAAGUUGAGGUACUUAAGGAGAAUGGUAUCGAUAUUAAAGUUGUUUUGCAUCAACUCAAGGCUCUUUUUGGUGUUUUUGAA